UACUCAUUAGACGUCAGCAUGAGCCCGUGAUACGUGUAUGGAAAGGUGGCUAAAGCUGUUGAAGAAUAUUGUUGACCAUAUUUUCUGCAAUUUUAUGUCAUUAAUUGAAUAACACUUGGUCAUCAUUAUGGAGCUGACAGAGGUGGUUUCCCCGCAUGUUGCCGUGCCAGUAGUUGGAGUUUUACUUUGUGCAUUUCUUGUUUUUGCAUUUGGGUUUAAAACACCUGGUCAACCUCCAAGCUUCAAUUUUGAAGAAGAUAACAAACGUAAAAGAUCAAAGAAAUCAAAGUCUCCUAAAAGUCAAAGUAAUGGACAUGUUGUAGCAGUAAAUGAAGAAAUUGAAAGCAAAGCAAAUGCCAAACAACCACCCCAGUCAAAAAAUGUUGCAAAAUCACCCAAAUCAGCUGCCAAAAAAUCCACUGAACAGAAUAAAAAGGUCAAGAAAGCUGUAAAGGAAGUUGAAGAGUCUAAACCUGUACCCCCCGCACCUGUCUCUGAGGAUGAUGGAGGAGGAUGGACAACCCAGGUGUCUAAGAAAGACAAGAAACAGAAGAGGACCAUCAUUGAGUCUGACGUGGAGGACAGAGCUGUGGAGGAGAAGCCGGUGGAGGAAGCCAUUGUGGAGGAGAAGAGUAAACCCGUGGAACAGAGGAAGAAGAACAAGAAGAAGAAUCAGCAGGAAAAUGUGCCUGUCCAAGAAGAAACAGUCCCAGAGACUAAAGUUGAACCCAAGGAGACAGUGACAGAGAGUAGUAAAAAGGCAAAGAGUAAGAAGAAAGCUGAACCCAGCAAAGAGGUUGAGAAGAAAAGUGAACCGGCCAAACCAAAACCCGAACCAGAGAAAAAAAGUGAGGAGAAACUAAAGCAAGUGCAGGAGAGUGCACCAGAGGAGAAAAGCAAGACUUCACCUAAAAAGAAGAAGGGUGCCUCUUCUACAGAGAAGAAAGUGGAAGUAAGCAAACCAGAGGCAGUCAAAGAGACAAAGAAAUCAACUACAGCAAGCCCAGGGAAUGCAGCUGGGGAACAGGAAAAAUCAAAGGCCAAGUCUGAAGUUUCUUCAGGGCCCAAAACUGCAGCCCCAGAGGCAAAGGCAGAGGUGGUGACAGAAUCAAAGAAAACCAAAGCAGAGCCACAACAGGCUGAGAAAACUGAGGCCAGUGGUGCUGAGAAUGGAGAAUCAGCUGUCUCAUUUGAUGAAGUGGGAGAUUCUUGGGUUGAAGCCAAGCCGAAGAGCAAGAAGAAAAAAGCUAGGCGAGAUAACUAGCCAUUGCUAUUUUGUUUUGUUGUUGUUGCUAUAUACUGCAAUAAAAGGUGCUGGAUCCUUGUUAACAAGGCAUUGUGACCUUUGUGACCUUUACACACAUUGACGAAGGCCUGGUUGUGGUGGUAGAUUAGAAGCAAGCCUGAGGAAUGCACACAUCAUGAUCACCAAAGGCAAAGGCACAGCAUACACUUCCAUGAAAGAAAUUGCCAGUGGGAUUUUAAACAGAUUUUGAAAGAACUAAGAAAGUGCAAGAUUUGUAGGAUACUUCUUUUUUUCGUUUCUUUUUUUUUUUGAAACACAUUUGUACUAUUUGAAGGAAUAAGUGCUCCUUGAUAGAAAAAAAAAAUAUUUGAAGAAAAUAAAAUAAAAAUAGUUUGUUGGAUUUAAUUUCCACACACACAAAAUAAUUACUACAACAGUGGCAUAACUUUAUUCAUGUCCUGGCAUAGUUUUGCUCAAUGUUUUUGAUUUUUUUUAAAUCAAAUUUGUUAUAGGUGAAUAAUAAUUUUCUUUCUAAUUAUGUUGAUUUCAAAACUGUGUGCAGGCUUUGGGGUCUCUUUGUUAUGUUUUGUUAUUUCUUACUUUAGAAUUUAAUUAAAAUCUAGUCACCAUUUAGUUAAAAAAAAUCUCAGAUGGUGGACAUAUGGAUAAAUGUUUAAUGUUAAAUGUAUUACCUCUCAUGUGCUUAUGUUGAUAGAAUAUGCUGAGGAUUGAAAGGAAGGGGGGGGGGGUAUCUGAUAGGAAAAAUUGUAUGACAUGUCAAUUAACUUGCUCAUGUUAAAUCUAGGUUUUCACUCAAAAAGUAUGUGUAGAUUGUAUCAAAUAAGAAAAAUAUAUUUUUUUAUGAUUAGAUGGACAGAUGACAAAUAGAGAAAAGUUACGUAAGUAAAAUGUACUUUGUAUAUGUAUUAAACCAUCUGAUCCCAAGUUAUAACUUUUUAUAGGUCUGUAUUAUUGUUUUAAGGUUGUCUCAUAGGGUCUUAAAGAUGAAAUGAUUAUGAUAAAUCACCAUUUGUAUGAGUGUUUGCUAUGUUAUUUUAUUGUUUUGGAUAUUUAUAUGUAUAUUGUAUCGAGGCUAUGUACAGUUUCAGGAACUGUGUUGUGUCUGGCACUGUGCAUAAAUUUCCUGUGAUAUAGAAUGAAUAAUGGUAUGAAAAGUAUGAUACAGAAUAUCUGUAUAUAGUCAAUUUAGGAUGAAUUCAUUAAAGCUCUGUAUUAAUUGUCCCAGUUAUUAGAACAUUGAGAAAAAAGCCCAAGCACAUGGGGCAGUAAAGUGUUGAUAUAGGAGACCACUCUCUCCAAAAUAAAGUUAUAUAUCAAAAAGACACUAAAUCUAUUGAGUACAUUCCAGAUUUUUCUUUGGCAGCUUUACUUUAACAGUGCAUUAAGAAAUAUCAAAAGUUUAUUUUUAUCUUAAUGGAUGUGUUUCUUUUUACAUAAUUAAAUUAACUGUAUGAUUUAAUUUAUUUAAGAGGUAAAAUAAAAGAUGGUAUGAUUAGGUUUGUCUUCCAGGGUCUGGAUAUAAAAGUGGGUUUUGUCAAUAUGUAGACAUCUUGCCACUCGUAAAAUUGUGCAGAAAGCCAAAUGAUUUUUUUUUUUACAUCUGAAUUGCAGAACCAAGUAACAGUUUGUGUAAUUAAGUUUUGAUUCCUGAUAUUAUUCAAGAUUUUCUUAUAUUUAAGUGCCAAAAUAUUGGAGGACGCCAUUCAUGAAUUCUCGUGGGAAAUUUUACUUGUUGAAAGAUGGAUGUAUUGAAACUAUUUAGUUGAUAUAAAAAUAUGUUGAAUAUGUCUGACAUGUAUUUUUGGUAUUAAGAAAUUAUUUAUUGAUUAUUUGUAAAUUAAUAUAUGUGUGCAAAUUGCAUGAGGAAAACUACAGCAGUGGCAUGAAAGUGCUGUUCAUUGAUAUAUAUUUAUAUGUAUUUAUGCUUGAAUCAUUUAUUUUUCUCUCUUGUAGUAUCUAAAGUAGUUUAUUAUGUGAGGGUAUUUAUGAAUGCAUCAGUUGUAUCCCUUUAAACAAUUGUUAUAUUGAGAUGAACCUAAAUCGAUCUCUGCUGGUAUCUAUAGAUGUUGGAAGUCGGAGAAAUCAGUGAAGAAAAAGUUCUAUGUUGGGUAUCAGUGAAAAAUAUAGACAUGUAUGAUUAUGUUUAUAUGAAAGGGAGCACAUACUUGAUGAGAUGUGUAUGUUUUGGUAAUGGGAUUCUAUGUAAUAUUAAAGUACAUGUAUUGUGAAUAUAAUUGCCAUUUUCAUACAUAUUAGUGCACUUGAUUUUCAUAAAAUGAUACAAGAUUGGGCAUGAGUCGUGUUUUGAUAGGAGGAAUUAAAAGUUUUAAAAAAAAUCAAUUUUGUGCAUGAAGUGAAAGGGGUCAAGAAGCAGUCAAUCAAGAAAAAUUCUUAUCAAUCAUGAAUACUUUGUACUUUUGUUGAAUUGGCACUAAAUAUUCACUUUUUGAGUAUGCCCUAAAUUUGCUACAGAUGUUUUGAAAGUUAGAUGUUUUGAUAAAGAAAUAUGUGAAAAGGAGAGGGGGAGGAGUAGUCAUAGUUUUAACUUUGUUUAUUAGAGGAAUUUCUUUACCUUUGUCAGUAGUUUCCUCUUGUGUCUACAUUUUUAAGUGUCACAUGUUUUUGAAUUGAUAUAUACAUUUUAAAGAAAAAAGGAAGAAUUGUCAGAAAAAAAAUGUUUCCCCCCUUUUUUUGCCCAUAAGUUGUGCAAUGUUUUUAUGAUAUGACAUCUACAAGUAGCUAAGGAUUAUUAUUACUUAGUCCUGAUUUACGGCAUGAAGUUGGGUGUAUGUUAACACGAAUGAUUAGUUGUGACAAAUGAACAUUUUAAUGUUAUGGUGCAUAUGAUUACAAAAAUGACCAAUCAGAAGUCAGUAUACAGGGUAUGUUACAUCUUAUCUCCUCUCGGAUCUGUCUGAAAGAUAUACUUUAUGUGGCAUUAGUGAACCAUUCCAAGAUGUAGAGCAUAUACUUGUAUACAUAUAUAUUUUUUGACAUUGUAGUAUUGUUUUUGAAGUAAUGUGAGCUAAACACUAGUAUUUUGUGAUGCCAUGUUAGUGUGAAUUAAGGUCUAGUUUUGAAAAAAAGGAAUGUAUUUUUUAAUCAUUUCAAUGUUUAAUCUGUUUGAGAAAGAGAGAGAGAGAAUGUAAUUUGACCCGUAUCAGGUUCACUUAGGUUGUGUUCAUUAUAGAAAAAGAAAAUUACAAGAAUAAAUUAAAAUUGAUCAUAUAUAUACUCUGA